AUGUCAUGGAACCCCCAGUACCGGAGCUCCAAGUUCCGCCACGUCUUUGGCAAACCAGCCAGCAAGGAGAACUGCUACGACUCUGUGCCCAUCACCCACAGCGUCCAAGACAAUCAUUUCUGCGCUGUGAACCCCCACUUCAUUGCAGUCGUGACUGAGUGUACUGGUGGGGGUGCCUUCCUCGUCAUCCCCUUGCACCAGACAGGAAAGUUGGACCCCCACUACCCGAAGGUCUGCGGGCACAGAGGGAAUGUCUUAGAUGUCAAAUGGAACCCUUUCAAUGAUUUUGAGAUCGCCUCCUGUUCUGAAGAUGCCACGAUUAAAAUCUGGGACAUCCCCAAGCAGCUGCUGACCAAGAACCUCACAGCCUUCAGGAAAGAGCUGGUGGGCCAUGCCCGCAAAGUGGGCCUGGUGGAGUGGCACCCCACAGCUGCCAACAUCCUCUUCAGCUCCGGCUAUGACUACAAGGUGAUGGUCUGGAACCUGGAUUCAAAGGAGUCUGUAAUCAUGAGCCCCGUGAAGACAAUUAACUGUCACCAAGACGUGAUCCUCUCCAUGUCCUUCAACACCAAUGGCAGCCUGUUGGCCACCUCGUGUAAAGACCGCAAGAUUCGGAUUCUAGACCCCCGAGCAGGGACCGUCCUCCAGGAAGCCAACUAUAAAGGGCACCGGGCCAACAAAGUGCUAUUCCUGGGGAACCUGAAGAAGCUGCUGUCCACAGGCACAUCCCGGUGGAACAACCGUCAGAUGGCCCUCUGGGACCAGGAUGACCUCUCUGUGCCUGUCACAGAGGUGGACCUCGAUGGCUCCUCAGGUGUGCUGUUUCCCUUCUAUGAUGUGGACACCAACAUGCUCUACGUGGUGGGGAAGGGAGACAGGAACAUCCACUACUAUGAGAUCAGUGCCAACAAACCUCACCUGAACUACCUGACGGAGUACCACUCCUAUAAUCCACAGAAGGGGAUCGGUGUUAUGCCAAAGAGAGGUCUCGACGUGUCCUCCUGUGAGAUCUUCCGUUUCUACAAGUUGAUCACAACCAAAAGCCUCAUCGAGCCCGUAUCUAUGAUUGUACCCCGACGGUCAGAAUCCUACCAAGAGGACAUCUACCCGCCCACGGCCAGUGCCCAGCCCUCUCUGACAGCCCAGGAGUGGCUCAGUGGGAUGAAUAAAGAGCCCGUCCUGAUGUCCCUUAGGCCUGGUGCCGAGCCUCUGAGCCCGCAGCCUCUGCCCUCAGAGAGAACCCUCUCCGUGCCCACGGCCCCCACCUCGCCUCAUCUCUUCAACCAGACAGAAAGGCUGGUUGCAGAGGAUGGCCGGAGGCCCUUCUCCCUGCUAGAGGAGAAGGCGCCCAGGUGGGCGGCAGAAUACAGACAGGAAGAGAAGAAAACCUGGCUUUCAGAUGGCUUUGACAUCUUCGAAUGCCCCCCACCAAAGACAGAGAAUGAGCUGCUGCAGAUGUUCUAUCGGCAACAAGAUGAGAUCCGAAGGCUCCGGGAGCUGGUGACCCAGCGCGAGGUCCAGGCCAAACAGUUGGAACUGGAGAUCAGAAACUUGCGUAUGAGCUCACCGAGGCUCUGA